UGCAUCGAAUCGCACACUCGCAGAGACCAAACACAAAAAUACCAGCGAAACCGAAACAGUGAACAAAUAUAUAUAUUUAUCGUGGGCAAAUGGAACAAUUUAUAUACAUCGGAAUCAAGAAAACAUUACACAUUUUAUCAUCAUCAUUCGUAAUUAUUGAUAUAAAAUAAAACAACACCAUCGUAUUCUUGUUUCAACCACGAACGACGACGGCAACGUGAAACUGAACGAGCGCAAUAUUCUUUGCUAAGAAGUUUUCGUUUUUUAUUUAACGCGGUGGUUUAUAUAUUUACACGAUUUUGUUCAAACAAACAAACAAACAAAAAAAACUAUUCUUUUUUUGGUGUUUUUAAAUCAGUGAUUUAUUUUAUCUUAUGUGCUAUUGUACACUCUUCAAUUGUACCGGUGUAAUUGUUCUUUUUCAGUUCAAUUUGUUUCGUUUAUUUACUCAGUAAAAUUACUGUGUGCAGUUUUUUUUAAAUCAUUAAAUUUUGAGGCGAAAAAAAAAACAGAAAAAAAUACGGAGAUGAUUUGCAAUUAAAAAAACAUUUAAAAACAUUUUGCAUCUGAUUUAGAUGAGAAUCAAAACAGGAUCAUUUAUUUUAAUUGCUUUAACUACGAAACAUAAGUGGAAAAUCUCAUUUUAUAUGAUUACUCUUCCGUAAAAAAAAUUACAAUUUGGAACGAUGUAAAAUAGUUUGAAAGAGAAGAAUAAAAAAAACAUCACAGUGUGGGAAAUUGAAUAUUUAUUGAACGUUCAGUGCUCUUGUCAGCUUUUAACUUUGAACACGACGAGUGGAGUGUGAUCGUAUGAUACAGAAAAUUUGGACAACAUAUUUUUUGGAGUUUGUGAAUUUAAAUCGCAGGUGUGACACAAAGUAAAAAAAAGAUACUUUUUUUGAAUAAAAAAGAAAAGCGAAGAAAAUCAACGGAAAUCUCAAUUUUGAAAAAAAGACAAGUGUAAGACCCAGUGUGCAAUAAAACAAAGAAAAAAAUAAUUUGAGAAAAAGAAGAAGAAAAAGUACGACUUACUCUUCCACUCCAAAAUCAAUCAACAUCAACGGUAUCCAAAAUGAAUCCAGAGAAUUUUGCAAUGUCUUCAUAUCAAUUUGUCAAUUCGUUGGCAUCUUGUUAUCCACAAUCGCAACUAGGACAACACGGUGGAAAUAAUACAAGUAACAAUACAUCUACCUCAUCGGGCAAUAAUCAGGCAUCAGCAAAUAAUGAUUAUUUUCCACCAUCGGCCUAUACGCCAAAUUUAUAUUCGAAUACACCGCAAGCGCACUAUGCAAAUCAAGCGUACAAUUUGGGUGGACAACAAAAUCCAAAUGAUAUGGUCGACUAUACACAAUUGCAACCACAACCACAACGAUUAAUGCUGCCGAAUCAACAGCAACAGCCUGCAAUGAAUCCAAAUAGUUGUAAAUAUGAUCCGGACGCGGUUAAAAUCAGUGCAACAAACAACAAUAAUAACAAUAAUAAUACAACAUCGCUCAUAUCAAGUCCACAAGAUUUGACAACUGGACGUGAUAUUUCACCGAAAUUAUCGCCGACGGUUGUUGAAAAUGUGGCCCGUUCGCUGAACAAGAAUAGCGGCGGUGGUGCAGGCGGUGGCGGCAAUGUCUCAUCAACAAAUCAAAACAAUCCAUUAGGUUUAAACAACAAUAAUAAUAAUGUGAAUCAUACAAAUGUACCGAUGUCAAUGCACAGCCCAAAUGGCGGCGACUCGGACACGGACAGUGAAAGCGGCAACGAAGCAGGUGGCAGUCAAAAUGGAUCAGGCAAAAAAGGUACACCACCACAAAUCUAUCCGUGGAUGAAACGCGUACAUAUCGGCACAAGUACAGUAAAUGCAAAUGGUGAAACAAAACGGCAACGAACAUCGUAUACGCGCUAUCAAACGCUCGAAUUGGAAAAGGAAUUUCAUUUCAAUCGUUACCUGACCCGUCGACGACGCAUCGAAAUCGCCCAUGCCCUGUGUCUCACCGAGCGUCAAAUUAAAAUUUGGUUUCAGAAUCGUCGCAUGAAAUGGAAAAAAGAGCAUAAAAUGGCAUCGAUGAACAUUGUACCUUAUCAUAUGUCACCGUACGGUCAUCCAUACCAAUUCGAUAUUCAUCCGUCACAAUUUGCUCAUUUGAGCGCAUAGGACGCGUGGCACUUUUCGAGUACUGGUUAGAGACUCAAUCAGCUGUAUCAACAGGAACCAUAUCAAGGCUACCAGAAUAAUCAGGAUAGUUCGAAUAAUACGAUAUUCAAUCAUUCUGAUUCUUCUAAGUAUCCACAAGAGUUCUGAUCAGACGACACAGUAUAGAAAGAAAUUCGAUGCGUACACAGCAUUGGGCUAUGACUAUAUUGUGCUCGGCACCACAAUCAGCUGCUAUUGGGCGUGCAUCCAUUGAAAAUGACGAUGCACACAAUUGCAAAGACACACAGUGCCAAUGUGCGCACCGUCAUUUUGAACGAAUGCAAUUUGAUUUAUAUCACUGGCAAAGUACACGAGUUGCUAUCGCUGAAAAUCCUAUUUAUUCUUUUCGUUUAGUUUUUCUUUUUCAUUUUACACACAAUAUUUGCAAUUAGCUAUUCCGUUUCCAACAUUUUUUGGUCUUAAUUUUAAUUACGAUUAUUAAAUGUAUAAUUUUUAGUUUUGCCACACAAAAAAUCAAUCAAUCAUAAUAUUCCAAAUAAACAAUGAAUAAAAAAAAAACAAAUUCAAAUUUAUGUUCCCGCACAUCCUCCAGCGAACAUAACAGUUCGUGUACUUUUCUGUAAAUAGCCUGUUCGUAGUUUAGGAAGUCAUUUGCAAAAUCGUCGAAAAACUGAAUAAAUCCGAUGUGACACAUCAAUCAUAUGUUCAUGCUUUUCGAGCGAUUUUGAUGAUGACGAAUGUUUUCGUUUGUUCGAAGCCAGUGUUUGAAUCAUUUUCUCCAAAUCAGUAUUCGAAAAGCAUUUAGUAUGUAAGACAUUUUAGUUUUUGUAAGAUGAAAAUGACUUAAAAAAACAAAUCCUUUUUCUCUUUUUAACGAUAUAUUUGAUUGCCCGAGAAUGAAAGCGAGACUUCUAUUCACAACUUAUUGAAUUGUAACACCACACUGACAGUCAGCACUUUUUGUAUGGCGGUGUUACAUUUAAAUAAGUUGUGAAUAGAAGUCUCGCUUUCAUUCUCGGACAUUCAUAUAUGAAAAUGCAUUCAUUGUAAGAUGUGCAACACAGUGACACUAAGGAAAAUAGAGAGCGAAAGAGAGUGUGUGUGUAUAAAUUCAUCAUCAUUUGUUACAUUUGCAUAUAAUAACCGAGUUUUCACAACUGAAUGAUUUCUAUAUCAUAUCGAGAUAUCAUUUAAUUGUAAAAUCAAUUUAACUAUGUUUUUUCAUUCAUUUUUUUUAAUUUCUUGUUGCUAUUACAUAUUUGCAUAUUUACAUAGCCUGACGCCGACUUCUAGAUCCAUCGAAUUUAUUAUUUUUUUACAUUUUGUUCCGUUCAAUUUACAAUAAUUUUGUUAUUAAGAUUUUACAAUUAUUUUUUGCUCCGUUUUUUUUUAAUGUUUUAUUUGUAAAUAUUAUAUAAUUUUUUAAUGUGGUUCGAAAUCGUUGCAAGUAACAACAAAAAAAAAAAAGAUUUGAAAAACCUUUUGCUUAUACAUAAAAUAGAUUAAAUAGUAAUUUAAACGAAAAAAAAACUAUACCGACAACAAAUUCGGAUGUCACAGGGCUUAUUUUAUUUGAUUUUCUUUACGUUCAACUGACAGUAUUGUAAUACAUUGAUUUUCGACCGUUUCUUUUUUGCUUUCUUCUGAUUCGUUCGACGAACAUAAAAAAAACACGCGCAAUAUAGUUGCUGAACAAUAACAGAAACACACGUCAAGAUAUAAAAAAAAAGAAAUCAUAUAGAAUUGAAAUGUUUAGUAUUUAAAUGAAAAUGGCAAAUUGCAAAGUACUUCGUAAUUAAUGGCAUAUUAUUUAUAGAUUGAUGUAAAUAGGAAGCUAAAAUGGAUCGUCUACCGUGAUGAUUUCAUCAAGAAACAAUUGUGUAAAUUAGACAUGUUUAUUUUGUGUUCUUUAAUCUAAAUCGAAUGCUCAAAAAAACCACAUGAGACGAACAAAAAAAAAAUGAACAAAAUUUUUUUUUGCCAGUGACGACCGAUUUACAAUUUGAUGAGAAAAAAAUGCAAUAAAUGAAAUCACCUGAUGUUUAUGUCCCCUCACUUUAUUUCUGACUUGGUCAAACCACCGAUAGAAAUAAACAUACAAUGUUUGAACGAGAGAAAUGACACACACGCAAUGUGAACAUCACUAAUGAAUUCAGUUGAUUUACUAUAAGUUUUGAAUAUUGUUUUAAAUAUUUAACAUUAAUGAACAACAAAAUGAAUGAAUAACGCACCUGAUUUAAAGUACGUCUUGACCGAAAGUGAUUUUUUUUCUGUUUGUUUGUCCUUUAAGUAAAAGUGUACAUGUAACGUAAUUUAAUAAUAAUAAUCACUGUAAUUAAAUCAGAGAGCGUGUUUGAAAGAUAGAAUGCAAAGCUGGAGAUAUAAAUCCGUUAAAAAAAAA